AUGAGCUCCCGCUACUCGACCGCAGCACACCUGCGUGAACUAAGAAACCAACUUUUUGACACGCCGACUCCUGGCAGGCUGAGGCUGCAAACACCUCAGAGAAUCAGCUCUCCAUACGACAAACCAGAGUCCAUGUCUGCCAAACACAACGAGUCUUUUUUGCUGUCGCUCGAGAGUCAAAAUGAAGAUGAAGUGGACUCCAUGUCCCAAAAAGUUGCAGCACUCAAGAAUCUCGGCGUCAAGAUGGGCGGUCAAAUCAACACGUCUAUGAAACUUAACGACGAAAUCACGAACAACUUUGAAAAGGGUAAGGUCACCUUGAAGAACACUUACAACAAAAUGGUGGUCAUGAGCCAACGAGCUGGAAUCUCGUGGAAAAUGUGGCUUGCAUUUUUCGCCAUUUUCUUCGUCUGGUGCUUCUACGUCUGGCUCUUUUAG